ACUAAAUCCCGAGUCCAGUCGAAGAUCUGCCGUCCGUUUACUUGAACCGACAUUAGUGGACGGAAGAUUGAGCGCAAGCAUAGAUACUUAUAUGCGGAAGAAUCUAUAAAGCCUCAGACGAAACCCCUCCGCGCUCUCGCUCUCGCUCUCGCUCUCGCCGAUGGAGUAGCGGAUGAGGCCGAGGACGAUCCUCGAUUUCUGACGACUCAAGAAACCCCUAUCAGCGUCUCCCAGGUUUAAGAGAUGAAUUUCGGCGAUCUUUCUCUCUACUGGUAAAACCGACGGAUUCUUGUUCUUCUUCGCCUCUCCCCGGUCUCCGCGAGCCGUGGACUUCGAUCGGGAUCUUGAAUUCUGCCUAGAGGAAACAAUGCUCCAGCGACAUGUAAUUCCUGUUGGACUACAGUGACUGAAGAUACGGAUAAUAAAAAAUGGGCGGUCUCUGCUGCCGUUCAUCCAGAAGUGGUGAAUCAGAUAGAGAACCAGUUUAUUGCUAUUGCCCGCAAGAUUUAGAGGUGUAUGGCCCAUUGUCUACCACCCAUGGUACAUCUUCUGUAGUCUCUGAUGGACUCCUUGUCGAUACAAAUUUGGAGACAUCUAUUCCAGAUGCUUACCAGGCACCUCCUGCACCAUUGCCUUAUGAUGUGCGCUUAGCAAGUUCACGAACGUCACCUGGAAGUUUAGAAAAUUGUGGAAACAAGACUGAUCAUGUGCAUCCAGCAGACUCCCAACCAACACGGGAAACUGAUGAAAUGUUAGAAGGUUCAGAUACAUGUGGGGCUUUAGAAAAGUCAGACUGCAAGAGUAAAACUGAUUUUGAGCAUGACUCCCCUAAAACAGAAGAUGAACCUUCCAAGGUGGAUGCACCUAUUGCUUCAGCUACUGAUGAGGAAGAUGUUUGCCCCACUUGUCUUGAAGAGUAUGAUGCAGAGAACCCUCGCAUUUUAACAAAGUGUGAACAUCAUUUUCACCUCUCUUGCAUUCUUGAGUGGAUGGAGAGGAGUGAUACUUGCCCCAUUUGUGACCAGAUCAUGAUGAUCGAUCAUAUGUCUAGUGGGUAGCACUGGAUAUCUACAAUGGUGAGGUUUUAGUUUUCAGGCCCUUUGGAGUGGAUGCCAGCCUGAACAGAAGUAUUGUCUACUCAUCUUUACACUAAUAAUUGGCGGAAGCAAAUGUCCCUACGGUAGUCUGUUCAUAAUAUGAAGUUUUCGACUCUCAAGUAUCAAUAUUGUGGGUCAAAUUUUUUUGGAUUGCCUAAAGGAAAAUAGGUAAAAGUGAAAUGUUUUGCUUUGUUCUGCAUCAUUCCUGUAAAGCUUUAAAUUUUUUUGUGAUGCUGAAUGGCUGGCAGAUGGAAUUUAAGAUGUGGUGGUCGCAUGCCAGGUCUGGAUGUGAGACUAGAAAUUCUUUUGCCCUAUUUCUGAAGCUUUUAUUUUUCUUUUUUUGUCCUGGCUUGUCUUCCAGUGAGUUGGUUGUAUUUUAUAUAGUUCAGGCAAUUUCUCAUCUGCCAUGUAUAUUGGAGUUGUAUAGGAAUUCCCCCCCCCCCCUCCCUUUUUUUGUGAUGUUUCUUGUCCAGUGUAUGAAAGAUGCACAGUGAUCCGUAAGACACAUUUUGUUUUUGUUUCAUAUAGCUGAAGAAUAAUGAUCUUCGUUAUGUUAUAAAAAA